GACACUGCAGCGCUGGUCAUAUGAGCAGAAAGGAUGAGGAGAACACUUUUUAAUCUUUUCGCACUUGCUCUGCCCGCUCAAACAGUUGCAGGAUGUCGAUGACAGACGUGCUCAGCGCUGAGGACAUCAAGAAGGCGAUAGGAGCCUUUGCUGCUGCAGACUCCUUCGACCACAAAAAGUUCUUCCAGAUGGUGGGCCUGAAGAAAAAGAACCCGGAUGAGGUGAAGAAGGUGUUCCAUAUUCUGGACAAAGACAAAAGUGGCUUCAUUGAGGAGGAUGAGCUGGGGUCCAUUCUGAAGGGCUUCUCCUCAGAUGCCAGAGACUUGUCUGCUAAAGAAACAAAGACGCUUCUGGCCGCUGGAGACAAGGAUGGGGACGGCAAGAUUGGGGUUGAAGAAUUCUCCACUCUGGUGGCUGAAAGCUAAGUGGCGCUGACUGCUUGGGUCCCCCACCUCUCCAUCCCCAACGCCCCAUCUCAGUCCUUCUCGCGGCCCUCCUGAGUUUCUGUUCAGUUUGUUUGUGUUAUUUUUUACUCCCCCAUCCUCUAUGGCCCUCGGAUGACGCCAUUCUUCUGGAAAUGCUGGAGAAACAAUAAAGGCUGUACCAAUCGGACACCACCUGUAGGGAGGACCCAGGCCUGGCAGGGUGUUGGUUUGGCAAGUUUUUUUUCUUUCUUUUUAGGGCAGUGGGGGUAUAGUAGAAAAAGUGAGAUAAGUCAAAGGACAACGCCCCGAUAUCUCCUGCCUGCUUGGUACUGAGUGCUCAUGUGGGCCACCUCGUUCAAUCUCUGCACCUUUCCCACAAGGAGAUGGGGGUGAUGGAUCGUCCAUCUUAAAGAUACAGAAACUGCCUUUUAAAGAGCAGAAGGGAAGGGAAGGGGUUGAGUCCUUCAGGACUAGCUAGAUCAAAGGACUCCAAUGACACUCUAUCAAUUGCUUUUGACUUUGCUGUGAUAAAAUACCUGAAAAGAGAAACUUAA